AUGUUAUUACGAAACAUUACUAAUAUUUCAUUAAAACUUCGACGAAAUUAUAAAUUUCCACACCGUAGGCAUUUCCACAGUCUAUUAGAUAUUCAUCCGAAUAUUAGAAAUGCCCUUAAUCAACGAAAGCCGGUAGUUGCAUUGGAAUCGACAAUUAUUACUCAUGGCAUGCCGUAUCCGCAUAACAUGGAAACUGCCUUAGAAGUGGAAGAUGUGGUGAGGACAGUGGGCGCCACUCCAGCCACAAUUGCAUGUUUGGAUGGCCGACUUAAGGUAGGUCUGACACGUGACGAAAUAAGUAGACUAUCAGAAGUUGAAAAAGCAGACGUCCUAAAAUGUUCCCGCCGUGAUUUACCAUAUGUAGUGGCCAAUAGCAAAUUUGCCGGAACUACUGUAGCCGCAACAAUGAUUAUUGCCAAUAUGGCUGGCAUUAAAAUAUUUGCAACAGGUGGUGUGGGUGGUGUUCACCGAGACGGUCAUAUUUCUUUGGACAUAUCAGCCGAUUUAGUUGAGUUGGGCCGAACUCCAGUUGUUGUUGUUAGCAGUGGAGUCAAAUCAAUAUUGGAUAUUCCACGCACACUCGAGUACCUUGAAACCCAAGGUGUAUCGGUGGCUGCUUACACCAAUGAAGGGAGAUUUCCUGAUUUCUAUACCCGAGAUAGUGGCUGCAAAGCUCCUUAUGACUUGAACGGACCUAAAGAAGCGGCUGCCCUUAUUAAGGCCUUAUAUGAUUUAAAUCUACAAUCGGGUAUGUUGAUCGGAGUACCAAUACCUAAAGAAUAUGCACUCGACAAAGACAUGGUUAGAAAGGCCAUUGAUCAAGCACACAAAGAAGCCUUAUCGAAGGGUGUAGAGGGUAAAAAUGUUACACCUUUUAUGUUAGCAGCGGUUGCCAACAUUACAAAAGGGAACAGCCUACGUGCAAAUAUUGCCUUAAUAAAAAAUAAUGCUAAAGUGGCGGCAGAAAUUGCCUGCGAACUAAGUGGCAAUACGAAUACAACUCCUUUGAGUAGACCAAGAAAAGAACCACCACCAAUGAUAAUUGGAGCAUCGAUGCUUGAUUUGUGCUCGACCAUGAUUGAUGACAGUCCUUUGGCUCUAGAUGGUGCUACAUAUCAAACAAAAGUUAAGGAAUCCGCAGGUGGUGUUGGACGCAAUUUAGCGGAAAGUAUACACAAACUACAUGGUGAUGCCAGCUUUAUAUCCGUUGUUGGUAACGAUCAUACAGGCAAAAGUCUGUUGCAACUUAUGCCUCCCUCCUUGUGUAGCAAAAUACACCUUGACGAUCAAAAUACUACCUCAAUAUGUUCUAUUCUAUUCGAUAAGAAUGGAAAUUGUAAAUUGUGUUUAGCCAACAUGGAUAUACAUAAAUCUAUUUCCGGUAAAUUAGUCGAACAACACGAAGAAGAUUUUCAAAAGUCACCUCUCAUAAUUAUUGAUGGUAAUUUGUCCGUGGAAGCAAUGGGCUCAAUACUAACCUUAGCCAGACGCCACGAUAAAGCUGUAUUUUUUGAACCAACCGAUAUGCUUAUAGCUGGUAAGCCGUUUAAACUCAGCCAACAACAAUACCAGCAAAUAAAAUUCAUAUCUCCCAAUGUAUACGAAUUGAAGACAAUUGUGGAAACAUUGACGGGCCAAAAAGUAGAAUGGGAUCCGAAUGAGUCAUUAGCAGCUGGUCAGGAUGAAUUGAUAAGUAAUUGCACAACAUUGUUACAAGAAAUUCAGCAUAAUUUCGAUUGCAUUGUGGUAACUUUGGGUUCACACGGUGUUUUGGUGAAUCUACGCGGCAAUUGCUUCCAACAUCGGUUUUUCAAUAAUCAAUCAUCAUUACAUUACAACAGCCCUCCUUCCAAGACUGAGUAUGUUCGUAGGUUCUAUGCUGCUCCUCUCGUUUCGGAUAUUGUAAAUGUUUCUGGCGCUGGUGAUAGUUUCUCUGGCGGAUUUAUAACAGGCAUUUUACGAGGUUACACUGUGGAUGAAUGUAUAUCAUUUGGAUUUGUAGCUGCAAGAUGCGCCUUGAAAUCGGAAUCAGCUGUUCCUGUGCAAUAUUUCGACAGCGAAGUAGAUGAAAAACAAAGACAAGAACAACAAAUGCGUGAUUUAGUGUUUUUGGAUGUUUAA